CCCGGGCCGCCCCCUUCCCCCGGGCCGCCUCUCCCCCGGCCCCGCCGCCGAGCGCGGGGCGCUCCCGCCGCUCCACACCCCGGCGGCGGCUCCUGCCGAGCGGCGCGGCGCGGCGCGGCGCGGUUCGGCAGCCCCCCGCCGGCGGCGUGGGGCACGGCGCUGGCGGCCGAGGGGCGGGGGCGGCGGGACCGGCCCGCGAUUUCUCACCUUUGCCGAGUUCGGCCGGCCCCAGAAACGCAGCAGAAAGUUCAGCGUGCAGAAGUUUGGGGGCAGCUCGGAGAGUAACUCGGCAGCUGUGACUGCUGCUGUUUCGGGUGGCGUGCUUUUUUGUUUUUGGGUUGGGUUUGGUUUUUAUUUUUUUUGUGCCUUUUUUUUCCCCUCCUGCAUACAACUCCCCCAAACACAAGCAACGCGCAACAACAAACAAAAAGUCGGGGAAGGGGGAGAGAACACGAGAGAGGGAAGGAGGGAAGCACCCGUGGUGCGGGAGAGCCGGGUUUUUUUGCAGAGGCACGGUCCCGUUCGCAGCGGAUCCCAAUGCAACUGCUCAUCCUCCUCCUCCUCUACGCUGUCGUCUGUGCGAACUUUUGCAGCCGUCAGGGCACCACUGCCCCUGCUCAGAGCGGAUCUAUAAAAGCCUUGCGGUCCUCGAAUAUCAGGCGAGAUGAGAGCAAUCACCUCACAGACUUGUACCGAAAAGAAGAGACCAUCAGCGUGGCAGGGAACGGCUGCAUCCACAGUCCUCGCUUCCCCAGCAGUUACCCCAGGAACCUCCUGCUGACGUGGCGGCUCCACUCCCCAGAAAGCACCAGGAUCCAGCUGGCUUUUGAUAAUCAGUUUGGGCUGGAGGAGCCUGAAAAUGAUAUCUGCAGGUAUGACUUUGUGGAAGUGGAAGAUGUGUCAGAGACCAGCACAGUUAUACGAGGACGGUGGUGUGGACACAAGGAAGUACCUCCAAGAAUAACAUCAAGAACAAAUCAGAUAAAGAUAACCUUCAAAUCCGAUGACUACUUUGUGGCUAAACCUGGAUUCAAGAUUUGUUACUCCCUUGUGGAUGAUUUCCAGCAUGCAGCCUCAGAAACCAACUGGGAGUCAGUCACAAGCUCUGUCUCAGGGGUAUCCUAUCCCUCUCCAUCAGUGACUGACCCUACGCUCACAGCAGAAGCACUGGAUCAGACCAUUGCUGCAUUUGACACAGUGGAGGAUCUGCUCAAACACUUUAACCCAGACUCCUGGCAAGAGGAUCUUGAGAAUUUGUACACAGACAGUGGCCACCAUUAUCGAGGCAGGAGCUACCAUGACAGGAAGUCCAAAGUUGACCUGGACAGGUUGAAUGAUGAUGUGAAACGUUUCAGCUGCACUCCAAGAAACUACUCUGUCAAUUUAAGGGAGGAACUGAAGCUGACAAGUGCAGUUUUCUUCCCCCGCUGCCUCCUUGUCCAACGCUGCGGAGGAAACUGUGGCUGCGGGACUUUAAACUGGAAAUCCUGCAUGUGCAUGUCAGGGAAAACAGUGAAAAAAUAUCAUGAGGUGCUGAAAUUUGUCCCUGAGGCUGGGCAUUCCAGAAGAAAAGGCAGAACCAGGAACAACAUGGCCUUAGUAGAUAUACAGCUGGAUCACCAUGAGCGUUGUGAUUGUGUCUGCAGUUCAAGACCACCCCGAUAAUAAAUAAAUAAAUAAAUAAAUAAAUAAAGGAACGAAAGAAGAACACAAGACACACUAGUUGCAGCUUACUGGACGUUUACUUUGAAGCAGGAUUGCUCUGAGGACCUUUACUCACUAAUCAUUUGAACUUUGCUACUAGCCUGCCUUUGCAAUUAGCAAAAAUGAUUGCUGUGUUUCAGCAUAGCUGUGCUGAUUAGUGCCAUGGCAGCUAAACAGGUAUAUCAUAGAUUUAUAUAUCAGCAUCCAAGAAUAUAGGAUAAUGGUUAUCUGUAGCUAGAUUCUGAGGGUUGAGAUUUUCAAAGCUCACUUAUAGUCCUCAGGCACACAAUGCCCACUGAAAUUAAACACAAGUUGUAUAGGUAUUUGUGGUAGCUGGCAGUCAAAUAGCAUGUUUCCGUUUCUCACUCACUAGUCCCUACGCUCAAAUUCUGCUCCCAUUUCUACCUGCUCAGCUCUCCUGACGGUCAGUAGGAUUUUGUGGGUAUAAAUGAAGAGAGAAUUUGAGCCUGUAUGAGUGUAAAAUUGUUUGUCCCACUCCAAGGGGGUGCUUCCCAGUGUUCCUGCCCAACUGAGUGAGAUAAAAUGAGGAAAAUCCAUCACUACCUGAAAUAACACACCAUAAAGUGAAAUUUCACUGUUUGUACUCGAGCAAAUCGUGUGCUGAAAUUAGUAGAUGCUUUGUAAGCUGGUGGCAGUAGUGGGUUGCGGAGGCUGGUACUUUUCCCACGGUGACUCCACAGGAGCUAUUGCCAGGCACUUCUGCAAGAGAGAGCUCCUGCAAAGUCCCCAGGUAAAUCCCUGUGGGCUGGGGCUGAUUCUGGUCUCUACCUACCUGGACUAGACUCCCACUCCUUACCCAGAGCUGCCCACAGUUGCCUCGGAGGGACCCCCUCAACACAAAAAGGGAGAGACAGCCCUCCCCCUGCAUCCUCCUUGCUGCAGUUCGAGGAGUGCCGUGUUUCCCCACGAAGAUAGGGCUUCUGUUGAAAAUACUGAUCUGUUUUGAAGUUGUGUUACUGGGAAGCAAAACUCUGCUUGAGAUUUAAUUAUCAUUAUUUGGUUUGGGGUUUGCUUGUUUUAAAUACGGAUUAUUAUAACUUCUUCAUAUAAGCAUUAAUCUUAGUUAUCUGAGGUGAGUUGUCUCAUUUCAGUUCUGCGUAUUGCCAUGGUUAAACUGUUGACAGUGAAUUUCUUUUUGAUUGCAUUUUGCUGAGGCAUAUUAACUCAUUAAGCAAUGUCUGUCUGUCAUGGAACAUGUACAUCAUUUAUUAACUUCCAGAAAAAUAUCAUUAAACACCACCUCAUAAUAAAGUAAGCACUUUAAAAGCUACAGCAUAGCUUCCUAUGCCUUUUAAAAUAUUAUGAAAGUGCUCUGGCUGAAAAAGGAAAAAAAAUAUAUCCUUCCAAUCUAGCUUUAAAUGUUUUAAAAUGCUACUCCAAAGUUGUAAAAUACAGGCGGAUUUAAGUCUGGCAAAGAAUUGGAGUUUUGUUUAUGAAUGUAAGAGAGGGAAUGGGGUGGCACAUUUAAUGGCUGAUGGUUUAUAUUUAACAGCAGACAUAGGUUGCAUCGAUUCGUCAUGUUUGUGUCGCUUCUUGUGUUUCUGGCUCUGAAAGAGCAAAGUAGUUUGACAACAGUGUGUUAUAAUUAGUGGAAACUGGCACGUGCUACAAUGUAAUAUUGAGAGCCUUUAAGCCAGUAUGCCUUAGCAAUCUACAGUUUUGUAAUAAAAGUGCCCUAAUGUUCUGACUUACCCUCUUUAUCAGCUCAAGUAUUUUGUAAGUGCUCUUUCAUAAUUUUAGCAAAACUUUACUGAAACAUCCCUUAGAAAUGUUGUGUUACUUUCUUUCCUCUACUUUAAAAUGUGUGGGAUUUUUAUUAUUUAUAUUAAGUUUUCCUCUCUGCCUCCCAGAUAUCUAUUUAAAAAUGCUCCUGAAUGCUGACCUGGGAAGUGAUUCACCAUUUUUCAAAGCAAUUCACAUUAAAAGAACAGCACUGUAACCAAAGAUUGCCAACUUCGUUUCAUAUUUCAGGACUAUUUAAAGACUACUUAAUUAUUUUUCUGUCUCUAGCUUAAUAACAAGACUGACCCAGCCCUUCCACAAUUUUUAGCUAAUUUUGGAAGAAAUUUCCAUGCAAGACCUUGGCAGUACUGAUUGUUUUGGAGGCAGUGAACUCUAAUGUAUAUUCCUGACUGAAUUAUGCCCGAAUUACGCCUAAGCACUUUGGCCUUGUAGUUAGCAUUUGUUGAAGGAAAGAUCAGUUUCAUAUGGCUUUGUGCUUUGAGUGGUUCUUUAAUUCCCAUUCCCCAGGGGAAGAUGUACACCAGGCAUCCACUGCACCUGACAUCUCCCACACACCUCUGCAUGCUCACCCAGUCUCCAACCUGAACAACCGCGUCUUGGGGGGAGUUUCUGUGCCUCCCAAUUUUGGGGGUCCAGCCUCAUCUGGGAGCCUGAGUUGCCUCUGCAGGAAAUGGGGAGAGAGGCUCUCCCAAAGUGUGCCUUAGACCCUAGGUUGAAAUUAUUCAACGUGGGAGGUUUUAUCUCUCUCUUUUGACCAUGAAGGGAGAUUAGAAAACUGAUUUUAGCAUCCAAGUGAGAUACACAAAGGUAGAUAGUAUGAAUACUAUACAUUUUAAAGACUGAACAGCUUUCAGUUAGCUAAACUUCAGUUUACCUAGCUGAAUUAGAUACAGGCAGCAGUGGGUGCCAGGGUCCAACAGGAAAAUUCAGCUGUAAAGUAAAAAGAGAUUGGUAUAAUUGGAAUUAUCCUCUUGCUUAAUGUUGGGUUUACUUUCUUAAAUAGAGGCUAAACUCAUCACAAAAUUUGAAGUGUUUUUUCUGAGACACUUAGUAAUGGAUAGAACCAUUCACUGCUUCAUGCUGCCAUCUACCAUAAAGACAGUAUGCUCCAGGCCAGAGCGGGAGAGUUAAGGAUGGGCUUUAUGUGACAGUGUGGGACUUAAAACAUACGUGUGAACUAUGUAAAACUCCCAAAAGCCCAAGCCCCAAGCUGCAAUGACCCUGGUGAAACCAAAUACCAGCAAAACUUUUCCUUUCUAUUUAUUAGCAGAAAUUGCAGAAAUGUUUUUCCACACCUUUAUUUUCUCCUUUGUCUAUGUAAUGAUUGAUAUGUUAUUUACAUAUUGUUGCAACUUAAAAAGCAAUGCUAUUAAAAAAACUAAUCUAGUUCAUUUUUAUUAGUAGAAUUGGAGCCCCCCCAAAUAAAUUUUCAAAGGAAACUCAGAUUCCUAUUUUUAAACCAUUCACUAACUUUUUUAUUUACUGUAUUCUUCUGGGAUAGAACCUACUUUCUCAAGUGCAAUCUAUAUGUAUUUUUUUUUGUUAUCUCAGUUAAAUGCAGCUUUUCUAGCAGUAUUUUUUACUUUAUGCAGUAUGUAAUAUGUCUUACCUUGAUGAAAAAAUAAAUACUGCUUUUGAAAGAA